CAGAGAGGAGCCAGCAGCACCAGGAUGGUGCUGCUGGAGAGUGAGCAGUUCCUGACAGAGCUGACCAGCCUCUUCCAGAAGUGCCAGUUGUCGGGCAGCGUGUUCAUCACCCUGAAGAAGUAUGGUGGUCGAACUAAACCCAUUCCAAGGGAGGGUUCUGUGGAGGGCUUUGAGCCCUCAGACAACAAGUGUCUGUUAAGAGCUACCGAUGGGAAAAAGAAGAUCAGCACUGUGGUGAGCUCCAAAGAAGUGAAUAAGUUUCAGAUGGCUUAUUCAAGCCUAUUGAGAGCUAACAUGGAUGGGCUGGAGAAGAGGGACAAAAAGAGCCAGAGUAAGACGAGCAAAGCAGCGCAGUGAAGGGCACCAGAUCUCCCGCUUUCACCAGCUAACCACUGAAUUG